AUGGAGGAGGAGAUGAUAAGUACUGUUUCAAAUAUUGCAGAACAUUCAGAUUCAAAUAGUAUGAUCAGUACCAACCCACCGGCGGCGAGGAGGAGGAAGCGUCAAAGAGGCGAAAAUAUGCCAUCUUCGUCUUCCUCCCCACGAUACAAAGGGGUAGUGAUGCAGCAGAAUGGUCACUGGGGUGCUCAAAUAUAUGCAAACCAUCAAAGGAUCUGGUUAGGUACUUUCAAGACUGAGAAGGAAGCUGCUAUGGCUUAUGAUAGCGCCGCCAUAAAACUCCCGCGAGGUGAUUCACACAGGAACUUACCAUGGACUGAAGUAACAGUUCAAGAACCUAACUUCCAAGAACUUCAUAGUACUGAAAUUAUUCUGGGUAUGAUCAAAGAUGGUUCUUAUCAAUCAAAGUUUAUGGAUUUUAUUAUGAGACAAUGUUUGAAUAUUGGAAACAACUACAACACAGCAGAAGGAACUAAUCAACAAAGUCGCCGGAGAAGAAAUAAACAAGGUAUCUUUUAUCAUGAACUGUUUCAUAAGGAUCUAACUCCAAGUGAUGUGGGGAAAUUGAAUAGACUUGUGAUACCUAAGAAACAAGCUAUGUCAUGUUUCCCUACAAUUCAUGGCCAAGUUGAUCAUCAAGAUAGUGGUGAUAAUAAGGUGGAGGCAAUGCAUUUAACCUUUUUUGAUAACCAGUAUAAGCCAUGGAGCUUCAGGUAUUGUUACUGGAAAAGUAGUCAGAGUUAUGUCUUUACUAAGGGCUGGAAUGGGUUUGUGAAGGAGAAGGAUUUGAAGGCUAAUGAUGUCAUUACCUUUUAUUUCUGUGAUUAUAGAGAUAUUAAUUCUGGAGAGGUGCAAACCUUUUAUAUGAUUGAGACAAAGUCCAAGAAUACUGAAGAAGUGAGAGAUGAUAAUGGAUAUGGUUUGGAAGAGAUAAACCCUAGAGGUGUAGUGGAGGAGCAUGGUAUGAUCAGAAGAGAGGAGGUGAUUAACAAAGGUUUUAGACUUUUUGGUGUAAACAUUGCUAGUUAAUGAGAAUGAUGGAGAAGACUCUU